AUGACUUUCCUCGCCAAGGACCUCACUGUUCAACGCGUGGCAAAUCCACCGCCACUUCCUUCACUGCAGGGAGUUAUGUUUGGUACUCUUUUCAGCCCACAUAUGUUGGUAAUUGAUGCAGAUGGGAAUGGGAAAUGGGGCAAACCACGUAUUGUUCCCUUUGAGAACCUUUCAUUGCCGCCGCAGACUGCUUGCUUACAUUAUGCCAUUCAAUGCUUCGAGGGCAUGAAGGCGUAUCGCGACAGUCACGGCAAUAUCCGACUCUUCCGCCCGGAUCGUAACUGUCGACGGCUACUGGACAGCACACGACGCUUAUGUCUCCCUGGAUUUGACCCUGACGAACUGCAAAAGUUAAUUGAGGAGUUUGUGAAAGUGGAACGUGAUUACGUCCCAAGUGAGCGUGGUUACUCUCUAUACUUGAGACCCACUGUAAUUGGGACUGGAAGCACACUCUCCGCAGUGGCAGGUUCUGCAGCGAAGUUAUUCGUGAUUGCUUCACCUGUUGGACCAUAUUAUCCCUCUGGGAUGAAACCUGUGAGACUUCAUGUGGAGGAGGAGCGGCGCCGUGCCUGGCCUGGUGGGGUCGGCAACGUGAAGCUUGGCGCGAACUACGCUGCGCCUAUGCUGGUGCAGCGGGAAGCGUCUGAGCUUGGCUUUCAGCAAGUGUUAUGGCUGGGCGCUGGAGAAGAAGUGCAAGAAGUGGGAGCAAUGAAUUUCAUGUGUCUUUGGCGUCCUUCUGCAAAUUCAAAUGAAGUGGAACUUGUAACUGCGCCGUUGGAUGGCACGAUCCUCCCCGGUGUGACGCGAGAUUCCAUUUUGUCGCUGGUGCGGCAGUGGGGUGAGGCACGUGUAUCUGAACGCUCCUUUACCAUUCACGAGCUCACUGCUGCGCUACGGGAGAAACGUGUGCUUGAGUGCUUUGGCUGUGGGACGGCUGCUAUUGUGUCCCCUGUGGAAGCACUGUCAUAUAAGGGAGAGUUGCUUAAUGUUCCAUGCCCGGCUCCAGGGGCUUCGCUCACACAUCGGGUUCUAAAGGCGAUUACAGAUAUUCAAUAUGGUGAUGUGGAACAUGAGUGGUCACGCAUUGUUGGUACCACUUCUUAA